GCCUCUACACUCCUUAGUGUUGUUAAGUGUAACAUUGCCAUCUGGGUAUUCUUAUACAUAAUCAAAUAAUUCCCAGAGGCUUUGGACAGAGAUAAUGGCAUGCACCAAAGCUAAGAGCUUCAUCCCAAUUGUUGAUUUGGGCGGCCUGGGUAUAGCCCAAGAGGCAGAAACAAGCGAGGGAGACUGGACGAGAGUAGCCAAAGAGAUCACUGAGGCCUUCGAGAGAGUAGGAUUCGUCUACCUCUCGGGACAUGGAAUUCCUGAUGGACAGAUUAAGAAGCUAUUCGAGGCGAGUGCUGCAUUCUUUAAUCUCCCGCAACAAGAAAAGGAUAAAUACUCCUGGGACUCCGAAACAUUUUGUGGUUAUGUUCCAGUCAAUAAGGAAAAACUGAACCCAACAUCCAUCAGCGAAAUGAAAGAGACCUUCAAACAUCAAGAGAACAUCCAACGAAACUACUUCGUCGAUGCUCACACUAAAGUGUUCAGAGAAGGCAACAGUACAGCCUUGAGAUUGAUCAACUACCCACCAGUCAUUGGGGCACCACUGCCCAAUUCCACGAGGUGUGGCCCACACACCGACUAUGGGACAAUAACGCUCCUUUUCCAGGAUGGUGUGGGCGGUCUGGAAGUUCUAGAUCAAAGCUCCGGUACCUGGCUGGACACAGAGACCAUACCUGGCACUGUCCUGGUCAAUAUUGGGGACCUCAUGCAGUUCUGGACCUCUGGGAAGUUUACAGCUACUAAGCAUCGAGUAAUCAUCCCAAAGGAUGAAGAUCUUCAGAGACAGAGUCGUCAGUCAAUUGCCUUCUUUCUCAACCCCGACGAUGACAGAGUCAUCUCUCCUUUAGACGGUUCGUCCAAGUUCGAGCCCGUCCCCUGCAAGGAAUAUAUUAGGAUGAGGAUCAGACGGAGCUAUCAGGAUUCUUCGAGUCGUCUGGAGUGAUGGAUUGUAUAAUAAAAAUGAAUAAUUUUUAUCACAU